GCAGCAGUCUGCCGCUGCGAGAGGACCAGAAAUCUGCAGCUCCCAGAAUGAAGAGAUCAAAAUGAUGCUGCUGCUGCCCGCAAAAAGGGAUUAAACGUAAGCAAUCUGUCGUCAGCUGCCGCUAAAUCCGCGGCUCAUUACUCCUCUGUUUUUUUCUGUGCAAACAUUUCCAAUGACUAAUGCAAUUAUCGGGCGCAGGGUUUCGCUUCGUAUUGUUGCAACUGCAGGCGAGCUAAUGACAGAUGCAUCGUGCUCACUUUCUUCGUUGCACUAGACGAGAAUUGCAGCGGAUGCAGGCGGCAGGCCUUUAAUGCGAUCUGUUGUUUUUGUUUCUCUCCAUCUGCCGGGUCUCGUCUCGGGCGCCACCUCGAAUAACACAGAUUUGGAGUUGAGGUGAAGAAAAAAAAAAAGACAGAAGAAAAAAAAAAAAAAACCCCGGAGAGGACAUGCCGUCGCUGAGCAUCCGUUGCGACGCUUGACUGACCAUGAUGAAGACCGAAUCCACAUCCAAGAGCACCGGCUCUGGCUCCACGCUCCGGAGCCCAUCCCCGCACAGGAACGCGUACGAGGCGGGGAUGCAGGCCCUGAAGCCCGUCAAAGACAAUGCCGCCAACGGGGACGUGCAGGAGGGCCCUCGGGGGCGCAGGUACGGCUCCAACGUGCACCGUAUCAAGAACAUGUUCCAGCAGAUGCAGACCACGGCCCCGGCGGACGCGGAGGGGGAGGAGGCGGCCAGGAACGCCGACAAAUCCGUGCGCCUCUCCCUCCCCAGAGCCGGCAGCCUCAACGAGAACGUGGACCACAGCGCGCUCCUGAAGCUCGGGUCCACCGUGUCUGAGCGCGUCAGCAAGUUCGACACCAAGCCGGAGAAUGGCCACCAGCGGGCCUCGUCGCCCAGCUACUCCAAACUGCAGGAGACGCGCCGCAUCUUCGAGCAGCAGCAGGAGAAGCAGCAUCAGGAGAAGCUGGCCACCACCAGGGUGCUGCUGAAGACCGACAAGGCCUCGGGCUUCCAGGACGGCAGGCUGGACGUGGUGGCGCGUUUCAACGGCAGCACCGAGUCCCUGGACAGCCUGGACACCAGCGAGGCGGUGUCCCCCACUGUCAGCCAGCUCAGUGCGGUGUUUGAACGGGCUGCAGAGCUCCGGAACAACCUCCACCGCCUCUCCUCCACGCCUCCACUCCCCUCCAGAGGGGUCAGCGCCAAAGUGGGGGUGUUGAACUCCAAGAUCAUCACGAAGAGGGUCAGUGCCUUUGCAUCGGGCAACCAGGAGGACGGGAUCGGCAAUCAGAAGAGCCAGGAGGGGUCUCAGAGGGGCGCCAGGGGAAGGGUGACCCCCCCAUCUGAGGGCAUCAACGGGGGUCAAAGCGUUGGCUCGACUACUGAACUCUCGGCGGGGGACCCGAACGAGCAGAGAGAAAAGACUGUUUCGGAUGCAGGGGUGGAGGCUCGAGCCGAGGUCAAGCCUGAGGUCAAGAAGCCCGACAUCUACAUCUCGGUGGAGAACGGGGAAGAUGCCGAGAAGCAAAUCUCCCCUCAGAGAGAAGGGGACAAGGAGGAGGACGAGGACGACAGGACUCUGAGGGACGACCAGUCGGGCCGGGACUCUGUGGAUAUCAGUACCUACAGCGCGGUGGGCGAGGACUUCGGCGGGAGCCAGAAGGACGAGGACGAAGACGAGGAGGACGACCGGUACGAACCCGAGUCCAGCUGCGUGGAGAUCUCCGGGCUGCCGGCCGAGGAGGACCCUCCGCCGUCGAGGAAGAUCCGCUUCAGCACCGAGCCCAUCAAGGUGUUUGCCACCUACCCCAACGAGGACUACGACAGGCGUAAUGAAGACGUGGAUCCCAUGGCAGCAUCUGCCGAGUACGAGCUGGAGAAAAGGGUGGAGAGGCUGGACCUGUUCCCCGUGGAGCUGGAGAAAGAUGGCGAUGGCCUGGGAAUCAGUAUCAUUGGGAUGGGUGCAGGAGCUGACAUGGGCCUGGAGAAACUGGGCAUCUUUGUCAAGACGGUCACAGAAGGAGGAGCGGCACACAGGGAUGGCAGGAUCCAGGUGAACGAUCUGAUUGUGGAGGUGGACGGGACCAGUUUGGUGGGCGUCACCCAAAGCUUUGCCGCCUCCGUACUCAGGAACACCUCAGGAACCGUCAAGUUUGUGAUCGGGCGAGAGAAGCCGGGCGAGCAGAGCGAAGUGGCCCAGCUCAUCCAGCAGACCUUGGAGCAGGAACGCUGGCAGCGGGAAAUGAUGGAGCAGCGCUACAACCAGUACAUGGACGAACAAGAGGGUGGAGAAUACGGCACAGAUGAAGAAGAGGAUGACGAUGAAGAGGCUAGCCCUCCGUAUCCCAGCGCCAUCGAGGUGUUUGACUUGGCAGAGAACGAGGACAUGUCGCCUCUGGAGACGGACCCGGAGAAGCUAGCCCAUAAAUACAAAGAGCUCCAAAUAAAGCACGCUGUGACCCAGGCUGAGAUCCAGCAGCUGAAAAGAAAGCUGCACCACGCCGAGCAGGAGAAGCAGCGCUGGCGUAUGGAUAAAGCCCAGCUGGAGCAAACCCUGCAGGAGAACAAGGAGCGAAUGGAGAAGCUGGAGGGCUACUGGAUGGAGGCUCAGAGCUUGUGCCAGGCGGUGGACGAGCACCUGAAGGAGACGCAGGCCCAGUAUCAGGCCCUGGAGCGCAAAUACAGCAAAGCCAAACGCCUGAUCAAGGAGUAUCAGCAGAAGGAGAUCGAGUACCUGAAGAAGGAGACUCAGCGUUGUGCACAAGUCGGGGCUGAAGCCUCCCUUCUCAAAGAGGAGUCGGGGCAGCUUCAAGAGCAGGUGGCAGACCUGGAGUGCAGAGUGGAGGAGCUGAAAUCUGAACCUUUAUAAAAGCCUUUUUUUUUUUUUUUUNUCU